UCAGCAAAAAUAAGGUGAAGUGAACGGGGCCUUAGAAAAUAUUUUUGGGAAAUUAUAAUUGAUAGCCAUCAACUUUUGCUUAUUUCUAUUGGUAACCACUUUGUAUAUGAAUUAUCUUGAUAGCCUUCCACUUUUAAAAUGUUACUUCUGUAACCUUAUAUGUGGUUAAAAACUGUUAACUAGCUGUUAAGUUUAACGGAAGUUAGUUUUAUAAAAAUUAAAAAAAAUAUUUAACUAAGGUUAGUUAUAUUAUAUUUGAUUAAUUAAAAAAAAAACCCCUCCCCCAACCAGCCACGCCACCCCCUCUGCUGCCGGCACCGGCCCACCCUUUCCCACCGGCGCGUCCAAUUCCCGACACCCUUUCCCCGGCCGUCCCUCCACACUACUAUUCCUGCUGCCUCCCCUACUCCCCCAUGCACCAAACCCACAACACCAGCAAGCAUUCGGGCAGCUCCCCACAAUUGCCACAUAGUAGCUGCCGAACAAUCAACCACCGUCACACCAACCCACAGCCAACAGCACCACACCGCUGCACUAUCGAGCAGCGCCGCAAGCUCUAAUUUUAGCCCAAUUAAUCCCCACCCAGCAAUCGAAUCAAAUAUCACCACCAUGCCCUCAGCCCCUCACCACAAUCGAACCACCAUGGACAACGUGGAUUACGCUUCAAAGGGAAAUUGAUAUUCGAUGAUUACAAAAACCAUCUUACCUCAAAACUAUUUCAAUGGAAGAGAGAAAGCUAAAAGCUGCUUCGAUGGAGAACUCAAAGGGUCAAGAGUAAGCUUCAAGGAGGAGGCUUAGAUCUACCUAUCAUCAAACAGUUUGGGAGAAUUUUAAGAGAGAGGAAAAAUUAAUUAGCAAAGGGAGGAGAGAGAGAGGAACAGUACGGCUACGGGGGUGAACUCGGUGGAAGAGGGGGAAAGAAGAAAUGAUUUUUUUUUUUUUUAUUAUUAAUUUUAAAAGAUUAAUUAACAAUUAAAAUAACUCUAAUUCAAAGUUAACCUUAUGUUAAGGUUUUUAACUAAAUAAGGUUAUAAGGUUACGGAAAUAACAUUUUAAAAGUUGAAAGCUACCAAAAAUAAUUUAUAUGCAAAGUGGCUAGAGAUAAACAAAAGUACAGGGCUACCAAUGAAAAUUUCCCAAUAUUUUUUUUAGUUUCAGUAUUUUCAACAACAAAAUUCGCUGAUCAGUGAAGGCGAACCCUCCUGCUAUUCGUCCUUACAAUCUCCAUUCCCCUCUUCUCCAAACUGCUCACAAUGUCAAACCGAUCGUCUAAUCACAGGUAUGAAAACCCCAAUUUCUCCGUCAACAGGGGCUUUCGUGGCAAAACCCAGAAGCAAUUCGUCCCCCAAACUAACCAUAAUUCAGCAACAUCAACCCCUCAAACCAGUAACCCUAGUUUCUCUGCUUCUGUGCGUCAAUCUCAAUCCUCAAAUUCGGCAUCAUCCGCCCCUCAUUUCAAGGGUAGCAGAGUUCAAUUGGGCGCAAAUGGUGAGUGGGUUUCCAGUAGCAACAAUGGUGGUGGGGGCAAUUUCGUAAAUUACCUUCCUCAGGAUGAAGCUGUAGCUGUUGGUUUGGGUGCGGAGGAAGGUGGUCUAGACCCCCUCGAGUCUCAGAGAGUCGUCGAUCUUCUUAACAGAGAGUUGGCUAGGUUGCUCAAGUUAAAACCCAGAGAUUUCUGGCGUGAAGUGGCGGUAGAUGCCUCCUUGCACGAAUUUCUUGACAGUUUCCUGCAGUUUAUAAGUAGAUGGUAUGAUUUCCCUUAUCAUGGAGCCAAGGGAAUUGUUGCUGGUGUUAUUGUUGGGGACUUAGAGCUAAGCCGCCGUGUUUUCAUGUUAUUGUAUAGGAUAUCUUCUAAUAAGGAUCCUGGUUUGCGAGUCACAGAAAGCCUAAGUCCAAAAGAUCACCAAGUCCUUUUGCAGGAAAAAAAAUUGCUUAAUUUGCCCAAGUUGUUGGAUAUAUGUGCGGUCUACGGUCAUGAAAAUGAAGAUUUGACCAGAUCGCUGGUUUUGAAUGCUAUAAAUGCGCAGUCUGAUACCUACAGAAGUUUCACUACCAUGUUGUCGCAUUUCUUGGGCAUUGUACGCACAAUGUGUGAACGUUGCAGUUCAUCUUUAGAGGUUUUGAUUUCUGCUGGUGGCUGUGUAUACAAUGGACCUAGCCAACAACAUAUAGAAUACUUAGAGGUGAUGGAUUUUCUAAAUGAUGCUGUUGUAUCCAUGGACACAUUUGUUAGUGCUUAUAAGCCUGCAGCUCUUUACCUCUCUUGCCCUGUUGAUGCUAGUCACUGUAACGAGGAAUUGAUCAAUGUUCUUGCAACUUUGCAUGACUCUCUGCUACCCUUGUUACAACAAGGGCUUCAAAUCAUUUUAGCUGCAGGAAAGGAAACAUCUCCCAUGCUUUCUGAUGUUUCUCUUAGUUUGAAAAUGUUAUCUUCAAGAUUAGUUGGUCUUGGUUGGAAACUAUUAGAUAAUUGUUACCUGAGCGAGGAGUUUUUUAAAGAUAACCUUCCCUUUCCUGCUGCCAUGAAGAUGUUUCCUGCUAGUGUUGAGGAUCCUGUUAUAAGGGCUGAUAUAUUGGUUCAAACGUUUAAGGAGAUUGCUGCAGUUCCUCAGGGCAAACAUCACAGGGGUACAUUCCUACAAAACAUUGAAAGAAACUUUCAAAUCAUGCACAGAAUUCAGAGCCUCAAAAAAAGUGGAUGGGUAUUCAUAGAUGAUGAGCAAUACCAAUACUUGACUGCGAUGAUGACACAUCCAUUACCUGCCGUUUCUAGAAAGUUACCCAGUGCUCCAAACUCUGAUAGAAGUGAUGGCUUGCAAGUGGCAGAAGAUGCUGCAAUCACAGAGUCAAAGAUUAGUCAAGUGAAAGAUCUUUUCCCUGAUUAUGGAAAAGGAUUUAUAUCAGCUUGUCUUGAAGCCUAUGACCAUAAUCCUGAGGAGGUGAUUCAAAGGAUUUUGGAGGGAACUUUGCAUGAAGAUCUGCGGAAAUUGGAUACUAAAAUAAUGGAGAUAAUUCCAACUAAGUCUGCUCCACAGUUGACAAAAAAAGAUAAAGGAAAGGGUAUUUUUGUGGAAUCUACAGAACCGCCUACUACAAAUUCAAUCAUAAAACCUCAGAAGCCAAACCAUGAAGCAGUUUCUUCAUCAGGGUCCUCCAUAUCAUCUUCAGUUGGACGAUUCAUCAGAAAAUCUAAAGAUGACCAACCUGAUCAUGCUACUUUGGGUUCUAGAGAUGAAAAGCACAUGGAAAAGACGACUGCUUUGUUGUCACAAUAUGAAUAUGAGGAUGAGUAUGAUGACUCUUUUGAUGACCUCGGCAUGACUGUUAUGGAAUCGGGUGUGGAGGAGACAGAGAUUUUAGGUGAGAAAAUCCGUUCAAAAUUGAGUGUGUCCUCUGGGGCUGAAAGCCAUGGUUCUGGUUCCAGCACAGCUACUUCCAAAUGGAGUUCUAAAAAGAAACCUCAGUUUUAUGUCAAGGAUGGUAAGAACUACAGUUACAAGGUUGAAGGAUCUGUUGCAGUUGCUGACCAAAAGCAAGCAUCUUUAAUUAAUCAAGCCCAGAAGGAACAAAUACAUGGACUUGGACGUGGUGGUAACCGUCCUCUUGGUGCUGUUAAGAUUCUAGUAGAGCAGAACCAAGUAGAAGUGGAGGAGUCUGAUCCUUCGGAAAUGGAUGGUGGAGGUAAUGCUGGAAGAGGAAGGGGAAGGGGCUGUGGAAGACGGGGAGGAGGAAGGAAUAAUCAUUACAGAAAAGAUAGAGCCAUGAAGAAACACAUAACUGGAUUGGGUGGUUUUUAGGUAUAGUUUUUAGGUAUAUACUAAAGCAACUAAAGGUUGUAAAGCCAUUUAGUUAUUCUUAGUUUUGGAAAUUAUCCGGUGCUUUUUUUA